UUCCACCUGCCUUUCUGCAGCUCCCGCCUGCUGGUGCACUUGUUCCCUGACAUCACGGCACUGUUGCACCGGGCCUGCAAGCGGAGCUAUGCCAAUGAGCUGUCCUUGCUGGGCGCCUGCCUCGUACUGCUGCUGAUGCCCUCGCUGCUCAUUCUGGCCUCCUAUGGCGCCAUCACCACCUCCCUGCGCCGCCUGCGCUGCCCCGGGAGCCAGCACAAGGCUGCCUCCACCUGCACCUUGCACCUGGCUGUCACCCUGCUACACUAUGGCUGCACCACCUUCAUGUACAUGUGGCCCAAGGCCAGCUACUCCCCGCAGCAGGCCCGCACGCUGGCGCUCGUCUACACCAACAUCAUGCCGCUGCUCUACCCGCUCAUUUACAGCCUGUGUAACCGAGAGAUCACUGCCACCAUCCGCCAGAUGCUGGGGCAGAGGAGGCCUGGCCACGCCCCAG